GGAGGCGGUGCCAUGGCGGCGGCGGGCGCGGAGCUGCCGGGGCCCGGCGCGCUCGCCCUGCUCGGGCUGGCGCCCGGCGCGCCCUGCUGCCCUCACGGUCCUGCGCUUCUGUUUGUGAAGACCAGCCAAGGAAAAGAGGAAGGAAGAAGAUUCUAUGCUUGUUCGGCUUGUAGGGAUAGAAAGGAUUGUAACUUUUUCCAGUGGGAAGAUGAGAAGGUGUCAGAAGCUAGGCUUGCAGCACGUGAAGAAUAUAAUAGAAGUCAUCAGCCUUGUUUUACACACAGACAGAACGUGGACAGGUACAAGAAUUUUGUUCUGUUGCCGUUAUCAAAGAGGAGGUUUUGCCAGGAAUGCCAGCAAUUGCUAUUGCCAGCAGAAUGGAAGAAACACUCAGAUCACCAGUUCCUGUGUGAUAUCACCACUGCCCAGCUGAAAAGUCCAAGUCAGCUUCUGUAUCCACUGGAGAAUAAAAAAACAAAUGCACAGUAUUUAUUUGCAGACAGAAGUUGCCAGUUCCUACUGAAUCUCCUUACAGAUUUAGGAUUCAGACGAGUGCUCUCUGUUGGAACACCCAGGCUUCAUGAAAUGAUCCAGUCAAAAGCGUCACAAGAAGAAGAAUUUAAUGUUCGAAGCCUUCUGCUAGAUAUUGAUUUCAGGUAUUCACAAUUUUACACAGAGGAUGAAUUUUGCCACUACAACAUGUUCAAUCAUCAUUUCUUUGGCGGAGAGGCUGCACAUGAAACUUGCAGGAAAUUCUUGUGUGAAGAGAAUGGUGAAAGAGUCAUUAUGGUAACUGAUCCCCCAUUUGGAGGUUUAGUGGAAGCACUGGCUUCUAGCUUUAAAAAGCUGAUGGCAAUGUGGAGGGGGACAGAAAAAGGAGUUUUUUCAUUACUAGGUCAUGACAACAGAGAGAUGCCCAUGUUCUGGAUAUUCCCAUACUUCUUUGAGUCUCGCAUUCUUGACUUUUUCCCAAGCUUCAGUAUGAUGGAUUACCAGGUAGACUAUGAUAAUCAUGCACUGUAUAAACAUGGCAAGACAGGCCGUAGGCAGUCUCCUGUCCGUAUUUUCACGAACCUUACCCCAAGUGUGAUUGUGCUUCCUGAAGAAGAGGGAUAUAGAUUUUGCACUGUAUGUCAGCGAUAUGUUAGUUCUGGUAACCGGCACUGUGAGAUAUGCAAUUCAUGUACAUCAAAAGAUGGCAGACGAUGGAAACAUUGUGUUCUUUGCAAAAAAUGUGUAAAGCCCUCUUGGUUUCACUGUGACAAUUGCAAGUGCUGCACUCUUGAGAAGCACAGCUGUGGGAAGAGUGACAGUGGCUGUUUCGUUUGUGGCAAGGCAGGUCACAAGCGCAGCGCCUGUCCCAGUCUGUCCCGCAGCAGAGCAGCUGGGCAACCUGACAAAAAGAAAGGGCAGAAAACUCGAAAGAGAAUAAAAAUGAGGAUCUGUAAAAGAUUAGCUAUGAAACAUGCCAUAUUCUCCAAGAGGAAAGUAAAGAAUAAGAAAAAAAAGACAUGACUUUUCUUGCUGCUACAUAGUUCCUAAUUUAUUUUUUUAUUGUCAGCCUUUUGUUCCAUUUUCUAAAAAUAUAAGUGCUAACAUCCAGAAUAAAACCUGAUUGAAUUAAGUGACAGUUCCUUUAUUAUACAUCAUUACUGGUACCAAAAAAAACCCUGCAACCCCAAAACAGCUCAGUGAACUACUACAG